GGGCAUGCGGCGGCGGCGGCGGGACCCGCGGCCAGAGUCCCCGCAGCGCGGCGGCUGCCUGCCCCGGGGGGCCGGGCGGCGCUGCCCCGGCGCGGGGGGGCCCUGACGGAGCGGCCGCCCCCCCGGCGGCGCCAUGCGGGGCUGGCUGCUGCUGGCGGCGCUGGGCUGGCUGCUGCCGGCGGGGGCCGCGGCCAGCGGCGAGUACUGCCACGGCUGGCUGGACGGGCAGGGCGGCUGGCGGGACGGCUUCCAGUGCCCCGAGCGCUUCGACGGCGGCGACGCCACCAUCUGCUGCGGCAGCUGCGCCCUGCGGUACUGCUGCUCCAGCGCCGAGGCGCGCCUGGACCAGGGCGCCUGCGACAACGACCGGCGGCAGGGCGGCGGCGAGCCGGGCCGGCCCGGCAAGGACGGCCCCGACGGCGCGGCAGUGCCCAUCUACGUGCCGUUCCUUAUCGUGGGAUCUGUAUUUGUCGCCUUCAUCAUCUUGGGGUCGCUGGUGGCAGCUUGCUGCUGCAGGUGCCUGCGGCCCAAGCAGGAGCCCCAGCAGAGUCGAGCCCCUGCGGGCACCCGCCUGAUGGAGACGAUCCCCAUGAUCCCAAGUGCCAGCACCUCCCGGGGCUCCUCGUCCCGCCAGUCGAGCACGGCUGCCAGCUCCAGCUCCAGCGCCAACUCGGGGGCCAGAGCUCCGCCAACGAGGUCCCAGACCAACUGCUGCCUGCCAGAAGGGACCAUGAAUAACGUCUACGUCAACAUGCCCACGAACUUCUCGGUGCUGAACUGCCAGCAGGCCACGCAGAUCGUGCCGCACCAGGGCCAGUACCUGCACCCGCAGUACGUGGGCUACGCCAUGCAGCACGACUCGAUGCCGCUGAGCCCCGUGCCCCCCUUCCUGGACGGCCUGCAGAGCGGCUACAGGCAGAUCCAGUCCCCCUUCCCACACACCAACAGCGAGCAGAAGAUGUACCCGGCUGUGACUGUGUAGCGCUGACGCCCUCCCCUCCCCAUCCCCACCCAGCCAAUUUUAAUAUCUGAACUGAACGGAGGAGAAAGACUUCCUUGGAACAAAGCUCCCAGAACACCACUUGUAAAUAAUUUUGAAAGGCUCAUGCAUGUCAGACAGUGUUUAUAAACCAUUUAUUUUCAUCGGGGUCUGUUGCCAGGAACUGUAAGGAUGAUAUCUCGGAAUUAACGUUGCCAGAUACGCUCUCAUUCCAGCGCGUGAUUUACAGUGGCGAAGGAUUACGCUGGAAAUGCAUAUGUAUUUCACAUCACUGUACUCACGAGAUAAAUGUCGGAGCCGUAAAGUGCCCUUCAGGUAUGACAU